AUUACCCAUUCAAGCCGUCUCCAGCCAUUAUUAGUCUUAAAGUGGGUUCCUCGUCAUCUAAUGUAAACACCUGUCACAUGACAGUGGUGACACGUUAAGGCAACAAGCCUUUUGGUGUAGAUCUGAUAGCAUUGACAGUAUACGUUAGCAUUUGCUGGAGAACAUUUCUGCUUUCUUACUCGCUAUUGUUACUGUUACGCAAAUGGAUGAGAUCGAUCAGGAUCUCGAACAUCAGUACUCCUGUAGUAGGUGGUCCAAGAGGUUUACGCCAGAUGACAUCAUAAAUAACUAUUUCAGCUGCAUUGCCAAUGAGAGCCGAAAAGUUAAGAAAGAAAUUGACUGCAAAUUGGAUAUACGUUAUGGACCAAGAUUGAGGGAGAAGAUGGAUGUAUUUGGUUUACAUAAUCUCCCAUUAGAAGCUCCAAUAUUUGUUUUCCUACACGGAGGUUAUUGGGUGAUUGGUAGUCGAGAAGAUUCCAGUGUCUAUGUUUCUCCCCUGCACCAUUGUGGGAUAAUCUGUAUUACGGUUGGCUACAAUCUUGCCCCAGAGGUGACAAUUGACGUUAUUAUUGAUGGGGUCAGAAAUGCAGUGAAUUUUAUUCUUUGGUUGGCUGCUCUUCGGGGAUCAAAGGGUGUCUAUUUAUGUGGUCAUUCUGCUGGAGCACAUUUGAUUGCCACUUGUAUGUCUUCCAAUGUCAACGCUAUUCCUAAUACUCACAUGGUAAAAGGCUUAUUUCUACUCAGCGGGAUUUACGAUCUACGUCCACUUGUCAAAACUACUUUUGGUCUUAAAGCUUUAAUUACUUCAAACCUCGCGGUGGAAAACAGUCCACUUUUGCUCCUGAAAGAAAUGGCACAGAAUCUUGAUAUUAGUUGCCAAGUGCUCGUCAUCGUGGCAGAUUGUGACUCUCCUUCAUUCAAACUUCAAGCCGAGCAAUAUGUAAAGGGUCUCCAAUCAAAUGGUAUUUCUGUGGAGUACCAGGUGAUUCCAGAAAAUGACCACUUUUCAAUAAUAGAGAGACUAAAAGAUCCAAACUUCGCCCUCACUAAGGAAUUCAUUCGAAGAGUGACACCAGUUAUUAAACUACGAGAUUAGUGUACAAAGGUGAUGAGUCCUGAUAAGAACAUUCAUGUUGGCACCUUUUCGGAAGCACUCUCUACUACAGGUUUAUAGAUCCAAGCUCCUUUGAGUAGAUGGCGAAUCGAUGGAGUUUUUUUUUACUAGGCUCUAAGCCACUCCACUACUACUUAAGAGAAUAUAAGUCUAACGUCAUCUCAUUUAGUCUUAACUGAAGUAAAUAGCAUUAUCUAGCUACUUUAUGGUUAUAAAUUUAAAAUAAAUAAUACUGAUUU